CAACCGGAAGCGCUCCCGUGACGGUGCUGCGAGCUGCCGAGCCUCCAGCAGCAGAAACGCCCUGCAUCCUCGCCGCUCGUCCCCAGCAUCCAUCCGUCUCCUCCAGCCGCGGAGGGGCCGCUCUGAACGGGAAGAGACUCGCAGGCACAGCGCGCUGAAAGCCGAUGGCCCUUUAAACCCUCCGAAGAAGACUAAAGCCGGAGCAGCAAUGGAUGCCCUGCCUUCAUCCGCCCUCCUCCUCCGCCUCCUCCUCAUCUUCCCCCUGAGCUGCUUCCCUGCUGCUGCUGACCGGAGAUUCGGUUGCCUGUUUGAUAACGAGCUGUGUUCGUCCUACGAGAUCUGUGUGAACGAUGGGAUGUUUGGGAGGUGUCACUCUGUUCCAGUGAGGGAAGUUUACACCUACGACGUCUCCCCAUCUGUAGUUCAGCGCUUCCGCAUCCUGCUGGAGAAGCUGUCCAGCAGAGGUCUGACCUGGGAGGACGACGCCACCCAGCAGGUUCUGUCCCAGGAGUUGUCCAAACUCAGGAGGAUUCCCUACCGGCCGCAGCAGAAAGGACCCGUCUACCACGGCAACAGCAGGCCAGCGGCUGAAGCGAUGGACCCAGAGGACCAACGGGUGAAGCCGGUGGAGGUGGAACUCAACAGAAAUCUGCAGACAUACCUCCAACGUCUGGGCCUCCUUCCCAAGACGUCAGCCGCCUCCGGCUUGAGCAAACCUGCCAAGCCGGUGCAGAAGCAAGGACCCCUCUCCAACCAGCUGCUCUCCUCGCAGGCCGACGGGGACCUUCUCCUGGCAGCCCUGAGGCAGUAUCUCUCCAGGCAUCGCUCCCGGCUCAGUGGCGGGAUGAAGCAGGAAGCCCCCGCUCCACGGCUCAGGCCCUUCUACGACAAUGGCAUAGAAAAUCCAGCGCUCAAGAAGGAGACCUUGCAAUCCAGGCCUUUGAAGACGGCAAGCUCUACAGGAGCUUCGGCCAAGGAGCCGCUCACCUCUGUGGACGAGAGGUUCAUCGAGAAGGUCCUGAAGAACGUGGGCAGACAGCACGUCGACGUGGACCACCUGACGUCGCAGGACCUGAGCCAGCUCUCCAGCCUCAUAGCUGACGCUCUGGUGGUGGUCGACCAAGACCAGGGACCGAAUCGGGCUCUGAGCCGGGACCGAGGACCCGGACUCAGAGACCUGGAGGCCGAGCAGGGCGCCUGGAGUCGGGAGGCUUCCAGAGCUGAGGGGGAUGAGACGCUGGCGCAGAGCGUGCCCACUGGAAAGCCCGACCCUCAGGAGAGCACUCCUCUGGCACUGGCAGCACUUCAAGAACGGCACACGGACGGCGUGAAGGCUCAUGUAAAUGACCCGGCGGAAAGCGGAAACCUCUUUACCAAACUGCUGGCCUACCUGGACAAAACCUCUCUAGCCGACCCUUCGUCGGCGAGAAGCCGCUACGACGUCCCGGCCGAGGCGCCCGGGGGCCGGAAGGUCGGUCUGGAAAACGUCCAGAGCCGCACCAGCGAGGCGGGCGUGGCGGUGCAGAAGAAGGACACCACCCAGUCUGUGGAGGAGGUGUCGGAGGUGGCGGGCUGGAUCAAGGAGGUGGUGCCCCCCCCGGCGUCGCUCGUGUACGAGGAGCCGCACAAGAAGACGAUGCACGCGCCAGAGCUGCAGCUGGACGUCAAAGCCGACAGGAAGAGGCCGGACGACGACGUUUUCGGCUACGUCAUCACCGACACGGAUCGGCUGCAGACGGACGAAGGCCUUCAUCUGAUGGAGAUCUUGGCUCGUCGGGCCAACAUCCAGAUGACUGAUUUUGCUGAGCUCUUGGUGGUGGGACCGGCCGUGACCUUCAAAGUGAGCCGCAACUCCCGGAACGUCAGCACUGCAGAUGUGGCCAACGUGGCGGUUAAACAAAAAGCUGAUGUGGAGAAGGAAGCCAAGGUCACCAUCCUGGAGGCUGGAGUCGCAGAUGGAAGCCAGAUUAAGCAGAUCCCCACCAAGUACAGCCAGGGGGAGUCCACCAAGUUCCUGGUCCUCACCGUCGUGUCCAUCCUGUGCAUCGUCGGCGUGCUGCUGGCCUCCACCGUGGUCUACUGCCUCCGCCACCGCUCCCACCACAAGCUCAAGGAGAAGCUCACCAAUCUGGGCGCAGACAGUGGCAGCGAUGCUACUGCCACCUACCAGGAGCUCUGUCGGCAGCGCAUGUCGGUCAAACCUCCCGUCGAACGCCAGGAGCCGAUUUCCUCCAGGAUCAACAGCGUCUCGUCUCAGUUCAGCGACGGUGGUCCGGCCAUCAGCCCCUCCGGACGCAGCAGCAUCUCGUCAUGGAGCGAAGAGCCCGCCCACUCCAACAUGGACAUCUCUACUGGUCACAUGAUACUGUCUUAUAUGGAAGACCACCUGAAGAAUAAGGACCGCCUGGAGAAGGAGUGGGAGGCACUGUGUGCCUAUCAGGCUGAACCCAAUGCAACCACCGCCGGCCUGAAGAACGGCAACGCAAAGAAGAACCGCUCCGCUGCCGUGGUGGCAUAUGAUCACUCCAGAAUCACCUUGAAGGUGGAGAACAGCCAAGGCAACUCUGACUACAUCAAUGCCAGCCCCAUUAUGGAUCAUGAUCCCAGGAACCCGGCUUACAUCGCCACUCAAGGUCCCCUGCCCUCCACCGUGGCUGAUUUCUGGCAGAUGGUGUGGGAGAACGGCUGCGUGGUCAUCGUUAUGCUGACUCCUCUGGUGGAGAACGGCGUGAAGCAGUGUUACCAUUACUGGCCCGACGAAGGAUCCAACCUGUACCACAUCUACGAGGUGAACCUCGUGUCUGAACACAUCUGGUGCGACGACUUCCUGGUUCGGAGCUUCUACCUGAAGAACAUGCAGACCAACGAGACGCGCACCGUCACGCAGUUCCACUUCCUGACCUGGCUCAACCAGAACGUCCCAGAGACCAGCCGGACCCUGCUGGACUUCCGCAGGAAGGUUAAUAAGUGCUACCGGGGUCGCUCAUGUCCCAUCAUAGUCCACUGCAGCGACGGCGCAGGAAGAACCGGCACCUACAUCCUGAUCGACAUGGUCCUCAACAGGAUGGCUAAAGGUGCCAAGGAGAUUGAUAUCGCAGCCAGUCUGGAGCACCUGCGGGACCAGAGGCCAGGAAUGGUCCAGACCAAGGAUCAGUUUGAGUUCGCCUUGACGACUGUCGCUGAGGAGGUGAACGUGAUUCUCAAGGCUCUUCCUCAGUAGGAAGACAACGCUCCUCUUCCGUUUCAACUGGAGAACUGCUUCCUUUUCGUUUCCCUCUCAUGAAUCCGUGUUGGUUUUCCUGCCUUCUAGCUACAGAUUCCUGUAUUCCUCAGUUUUCCCAUCCCUUUAGUCUGGUCUCUGUUAUCCCCCCCCCCCCAUUUCCUCAUCACCCUGUUUUCCACUUUGCCACUUUUACCCUUUUCAUCCUAACCCUCUUUGUUUCUUGUCUCCUGCUUUCCUUUCUGUAUCUUCCUCCAUUUAAAUAUUGUCUUUUGUUAAACUUAGUGGACAUUGUGGCAGGAAGCCGCAGUAAGAGUCCUGUACAUAGCUGGACCCUCCCUCUGUGAUCCUGCUGCCUCUUUUUUUCUGCAAAGUGACUUCUUGUUGCAAAUUAGCACAUCUUGAUUGACAUCUUUGUUAGAAUAUCUAUAUUUGUGUUUGAUCAUCAGGGACCUCCAGGGCAUCCGUUGGGCGCAGCAAUGUUUGGCGACAUAUUCCCAAAAGAAAAACACGUUUCGCUUUAAGUUUGUUUGUAAAAUUAAGAUGUUUGGGUUUAGGCUAUAUAUUAGUAAAAAAGCUGAUAUGUAUAGAGUGUUAGUUAUGGACAGGUGGAUGUCAAUUAGACAAAUAUUAAAACGUUAAUUAUUAUGAAAAUGUUAGAGAUGAAAACAUUAAAAUUUUCUAAAUUAGCUUAUCAUGAUUAGAAUUAUUUGCUAAAUCUGAAUCGGUGUCCCUCAUUGGUCUUUGGGUUUGUGCAGAAUUGUCACGUUUUGUCUGAUUUUCCGCGCCGUGCUGUUAUAUUUUCAUGCAUUAUCCUGGAGUGUCACCAGAAUUCGAUGUUGCUCAGUGUGAUGCUUUAGGUACAAAAAGCAACUGAUUUAACCUCUAAUUAAAGCUUCUUUUAUUUCAUUGGAAUAAUUCAAAGCUUGUUUGGUUUCACUGGGAUUAUGUUUUACAAAAGCAAACACAAUUCUAAUGUUAGAAGUGUGUUAAAAUGAUUAGUUUAUUGUGUUUUUAGUAUAUGCAAUAUUGUUUCUUCAACCUGAAUUGAUCUCUUGUGGGUGACCGAUGUUGUGGCUCGUCGUUGAAGUUACACUCAUGUCUGCCUCAACUAAAGAUAUGGUAGAAAGACAGUAAAAAGCCACUUAGGUUGUUGUACCUAAAUUUAAAUUGCCGUUAUUCCAGCUGAUUAAGAGAUAAUUGUGCUCGACAUUAUUAAAAAUGUAGAAAAAAAAAAGCAACAGAAUUUUUAAUUUCUAUUCUUGUGACUUGUAAAAAUAUCAAAGUACCACGACUGAAGCACAAAAUUCUGGAUUAAUGGCAAUAUAAUGGGUUUCAAUCGAGUACAUUUCUUAAAAAUGAUUUAGUUUUGUCUCUGAACAGAUUCUAUAUGUAGCAUAAGUGGAUGAUUUGUAUAUAUAUAUACACAGUAGCAAAAUGUGUUUUCCCCAAAUGCAUCCUAAAAUUGUUUGCUGAUGCUGUAAAUUAAAAGCACAAGAAACCACGCAACAUGA